AUGAUUUGCCUGGCAGGCAAAAUUCUUUCCAGCGCUGGAGUUCUUGUUGCUCCAUUUCUGCUCUGCAUUGUGAGUGCAAAGGGUGGUCAUUCACAUUGUCUCUCUAAGUUGUGGGCCUGCCUAUUACAAAGAAAUAGGGCUGGAAGGGACUUGGGAGGUCAUGUAGGAUUCUCUCUCAUUCUGAAACAUCCCUAAGUAUUUUACUGAGGAAGGAUGAACCAGCAAGCAGGGCGCUAGUCAUAAGCCCUGCGCUGCCCCUGGCUUGUUGUGUGCCCUUUGGGCAAGUGAUUGAAUCUCUCUGUGCCUCAGUUUCCCAUCGGUACAGUGGGGACGCGACAUGGGUGUUGUGAGGAAAUAGACCCUGAGUUGCUCAAGCAUUAUGGUAUCCAAACACGGACAGGCAAUGUGCGUAGCUAGCAAAUGCAGAAAGAAUAUCCACUAGUUACUCUCUUUGCUGUGUUUCUCAAACGUGUGUUACUGCAAUCGCAGUUAGUUACACCUGCAGUAGGGCCUCGGAGUUUCCAACACCAGAGUUAUGAACUGGCCUGUCAGCCAUACUCCUCAUCUGAAAUCAGAUGUACACAGUCCGGCAGCAGCAGCGGUGCCCCCUCCCUCUCCAAAAACAAGCACAGUGCUGUGUUAAAUGCCUUUGACAAUGUGGAGGAAGAUGUGGAGGCAGAGGAGGAGAAUCAGGGUGUCUCCAAGAAAGGCAAACCCCUGGGAAGGAAAAGGGCAUCAGCCCCGGAGGGAGUUGUGAAGCCGGUGAAGCUCAGCCGGGCUGAUCUGUACAAGCCGCCCACUAAUGAGGAGCUGAACCAGCUGAAGGAGACAGAGAACCUCUUCCAUUCCAGCCUUCUCCGCCUUCAGAUUGAGGAGCUGCUGAAGGAGGUGAAGCUGAAGGAGAAGAAGAAGCAGAGGAUCGAUGCCUUUCUCCACGAAAUCAACACCCUCUUGAGUGCCGUCCCGGAGACCCCCGAAACCGAUCUCACCGACCAGUCGUGGCUGCCCAAGGGCGUGAAGGUCCCAUUCCUCCAGGUGCCUUUCGGCGUGAAGGGCAAGUUCCGCUUCCUGCCGCCGGCCGCGGUGAAGGUGGUGGGGAGCUACCUGCUGGGCACGUGCAUCAAGCCGGAGAUCAAUGUGGACGUGGCGGUGACGAUGCCACGGGCAGUCCUCCAGGACAAGGACCACCUGAACCAGCGAUACCACCGGAAGAGAGCCCUGUACCUGGCCCACAUAGCUCAGCACCUCUCCAAGGAAAAGCUCUUUGGCAGCGUGAGAUUCACAUACAUGAAUAGCAACCACCUCAAGCCAAUCCUGCUCCUGCGGCCUCAAGGUAAAGACGAGAAGCUGGUGACCGUCCGGCUCUAUGCCUGCCCCGUCCCCGGCUUUUUCAAGCCCAGCCGCCUGUAUCCCAGCAAGAACAACGUCCGGACGGCCUGGUUCCUGGAGCAGGGCUCCCCCCAGGCAGGAGCCGCCGAGCCCCCCACCCCCCACUACAACAACUCCAUCCUCUGCGACACGGUGCUGGAGUCCAGCCUGCUCUUCCUGGCUGGCGCUGGCGCCGAUUUCCCAGGCAUGCAGGCCGGCGUCGCCCUCCUCAAAGUCUGGCUGCACCAGCGGGCGCUCGACAAGGGCUUGGGGGCGCUCGGCGGCUUCCUGGCCUCCAUGCUGGCGGCCUACCUGCUGGCCAAGCGCAAGAUCAGCCAGGGGAUGAGCGGCUACCAGGUGCUGAGGAGCGUGCUGCAGUUCCUGGCUACCACAGACCUGAGUGCAACGGGGAUCAGCCUGGCGAAGGAUGCAGGCAGCUCCCUGCCCAGCCUGGAUGACUUCCACCAGGCGUUCGACGUGGUCUUCGUGGACCCCUCGGGACUGGUGAACCUCUGUGCCGACAUGACCGCGAGCAAGUACAAGCAGGUCCAGCUGGAAGCCAAGCACUCGAUGGACGUUCUGGACGACAGAACGGUGGAUGGAUUCCAGCUACUGCUCAUGACCCCCAAGCCCCUGAUCAGAACCUUCGACCACGUGUUCCACCUGAAGCACGUCUCCAAGCUGCAGGGGGCCUGCAAGAAGAUGCAGCUGCUGCACGAGCUGAUGGAUCGUGGCGGGAACUACGUGGCUGCAGCCCUGCCCUUCGUCACCUCGCUGCUGGCGCGAGGGCUGGCCGAGAGGGCGCUGCUGGUGACGCACUCCCUGCCCCAGGCACCAGAGUGGCCCAUCGGCGCGGAGCCGCCGAAGCACAAGGACGCCGGACCCCUCUCCUUUGGGCUCUUGCUCGCCCCCGCGUUUGCCGCUAGCGUUUUGGAGAGGGGACCGGAGGCGGAUCGACCGGAGCGGUCACGUCCGACCCCGCGGGAGUUCCAGAGGUUCUGGGGGGAGAAGUCGGAGCUGAGGCGGUUCCAGGACGGCUCUAUCUGCGAGGCGGCGGUGUGGGACGCGAUCCCUGCGCAGAUUGUCAAGCACCUGCUGCGCCUCCAUGCAGAUAUUCCUGAAUCCUCCAUCUGCUACACAGGGGCCGUGCUGGAAUCUGUGAUCAGACCCGUGCGAGAGCCUGCAGGGUCUGGGGAGGAGGCCAUGGUCAGCAUCGUCCGCUCCUACGACGACUUGAGCCGCAAGCUGUGGAACCUGGAGGGGCUGCCGCUGACGGUGACGGCUGUGCAGGGGACGCACCCGGCCCUCAGAUACACGGACGUCUUCCCUCCAACCCCCAUGAAACCGGAUUAUUCGUACCACGCGAGGCUCAAGGAUAAGGAGUCGCUGCUCCCUUUGCCUGAGAAGCCCUGCCCGGCGUAUAUAGCCCCAAUGAAAGGUAGUUCUUGUUGCCACUUUAACCCUGGCCAGUGGCCACAGGACAAAGAAGCCAUCAAACGCGUCAAAGCCGCUUUCCACCUCCGGCUGGCCGAGAUCCUCCGUCAGCAGCACCAUCUCCUCUGCCGGCCGGCGGCCACCGGCAAGGGAUCUGGGCCGGGAGGAGGGGGGGUCAGGGAUCCUGCUCUGGAUGGCUACGUGUUCCGUCUCCAAGUGGCCUAUCACAGGGAACCCCAGAUCCUGAAGGAGGUGGUCACUCCGGAGGGGAUGCUGAAGUAUCGGGACACCGAGGAGUCUCGGCAGCUUGAGUUGGAGACGCUCCACCUGCCCUAUCUGACCAGCUCUUUGCAUGGGCUGCAGCAGCAACACCCGGCCUUCGGCGGCGCCUCCCGGCUAGCCAAGCGCUGGGCCCGCGCCCAGCUGCUGAGUGACAGCCUCUCGGACGAGUGCGUGGACCUGCUGGCGGCCUCUCUGUUCCUGCACCCCGCGCCUUUCACCCCGCCGAGCUCCCCGCAGGUGGCCUUCCUUCGCUUCCUCCACCUGCUGACUGCCUUCGACUGGAAGAACAGCCCCCUCAUCGUUAACCUGAACGGCGACCUCAACGAGGCAGAUUAUGCCGAGAUCAGGAACGAGUUUGUGGCUGCCCGGCCUCACCUCCCCGUCAUGUUCAUCGCCACCCCCAGAGACAAGCGGAGCUCGGUGUGGACCAAAGAGCGGCCUUCUGCGCAGAUCCUGCAGCGCCUUCUGGUGCUGGCGCUGGAAUCACUCCGGGCCUUGGAGGAGCAGCUCAUGGACCCGCUCGGGAGCCAGGAGGUGAAGAUGAUCUUCCGCCCACCUCUGGAUUUCUACGACAUCCUCAUCCACCUGAACGCCAAGCAGAUCCCCAGGCACCUGGAGGGCGUGGACCGGCCGGUGAAGUCGUUCAGCCGGGGGAUGCUGAAGAGCGACGCUCCAGUCCAGACCCUCCUUUUCCCAGUGGUGGGGUACGAUCCGGUGCAGUGCUACCUCCGGGAGCUGAGGGAGGCCUUUGGAGACCUGGCUUUGUUCUUCUAUGACUUGCAUGGCGGGGAGGUGAUCGGAGUUUUGUGGAAACCCUCAAGCUUCAAGCCCCAGCCUUUCAAGGCCUCCAACAUGAAAGGAAGAAUGACGACAAGUCUAAGGGAGGAACUAGUCACCGUUCCCAACGUGGAAGCCAUCCUGGAAGACUUUGCAAGCCUGGGAGAAGGUCUGGUGCGGUCAGUAGAGGCACGCACAGAGAAAUGGACAGUCUAAAUCCAUCAGGAGCUCUCCUUAGGCCUCCUGUACCAUCUCUGUUACCCUUUCUGUCUCUAAAUCUCUCUGGGGGAAGAAAAUUCCUGAGCAGAAUCUUGAAUCCUGUUUAUCUUGUACACCUCUCAAUCCUAGCCACCUGGCACCUCUUGAAAGAGGUGUUUUUUUCAAUAGAGAUAAGAGACCCACUCUAAGAUAAUCUCAAGGUGAGAUGAAUUGUUCAUGAGUGUUCCUAUUUGUUAAUCACAGUGACUGUUUAUAUCAUGUCUCAAAUACCUGCUGGAAUGUAAAACAGGAAGGGCGUUUUCUAGUAUAAUAAAGUUAUUUAUAAUAAU